CCAGUCAUACAUUGUUGUUAAGUACCAUUUUGGACAUCGUGUCGCGUGUGGAAGGUAGAGCGAGAGAAAGAGGAAGAGUGUAUGCAGUAAGAUGUCCAACAAUUUGCAAACGCUCGUCUCGCAGACACUUAUCGCAAUCGGCGCCGCACAGGUUGCUCUGCGCACCGGCAGCACGCGCUGCCUUAGCCAAACGCUGACGCGCAUUUACCGCUACCCGCGCGAUUCUAACGGCCGUUGGAGUUGCCAGAGUCGACGCAAUAAUUCACGUGCCGUCGCUGCUGCGGCGCAGUUGCGCAGCGAAUUGCAGACGCAUAGCUUUAGUCAGGCCACACUUGAGGAAAUUCGCCAAGCGGCUGCCCGCAUUUGCCGUGACUAUCUAACCGGACGCUGGAAGGUGGUUACCCCAGAGCAGUUGGUUGUAAAGCGCAUCAGCGGUGGUCUCUCGAAUUUCCUGUAUUACGUCAGUCUGCCCGACUUGGAUGAUUUUGACGAACAGCAAUUGUUGGAGAUAGAGCAGCAGCAGCAGUCAGGAAAUGUCAACGUCAACAUUGGCAAACACGUCAUAGCCGCCUCGGCAUUUGCUAAGAAUAGGGAAAGCAACAACAACAAUAACAUUAACAAUAACAACAACAACAACAACGAUAUCAAAGAUGUUGCGUCGGGGCUAACAAAAAAUCCCACAGCUACCGCCCACGCCUAUGAUGACGAUGACGAUGCGGCGCUGAGCGCUAAACAGGCAAAUAAAAGACGACGCUUUGAUAGCGACAGCGGCGAUUCUAGUUUGCUGCGACGCUUGCACAGUCCCAAGCAGGAGCCCCGUGAGGUGCUGCUGCGCAUCUAUGGCCAAACGCAUGGCGAUCAUGCCCUGGAGACCAUGAUAACAGAGUCUGUGGUAUUUGCCCUGCUCAGCGAACGUAACUUUGGACCGAAGCUGCAUGGCAUAUUUCCCGGUGGACGCAUUGAGCAAUAUAUACCGGCACGCACAUUGGCCACCACAGAGCUGGGCGAUGCUCGUAUUUCGAUGAAGAUCGCUGAGAAAAUGGGCGAAAUACACAGCUUGAAUAUACCAAUGUCGAAGGAACCGGAUUGGAUAUGGAAUUGCAUGGAUCGUUGGCUGGCCAGCCUGGAUAGCAUUGUAAAGGGCAAAAUCGAAUCGAAACCGAAUUCGACAGUAUUGCAAAAGCAACGCGAACUCAUGCGCUCCAUUGACUACGUUCAGGAGAUCGCCUGGUUAAGAUCGGUGAUAGAGGCAGGCGACUAUCCCGUUGUCUUUUGCCACAACGAUCUGCAAGAGGGCAACAUAUUAUUGCGGCAAUCAAGCAAUGGAAGUGAUCGUACACCCAGAGAAUCAAUAAGUAGUCUAAGAUCCAAUUUUGAUGAGACCCUGGGCGAUAGUCUGGAUGGCAACAGUAAUUUGGAUGCGGAUGACAAUAAGUCGCAUAGUGCGUCACCCUGCCCGGAAUUGGACACCACAGAUGAUUCCGCACUGGACUCGAGCUUUAUGUCCGAUCAUGAGCCAGAUCUCAUUAUCAUUGACUUUGAAUAUUGCGCCUACAAUUAUCGUGGCUUCGAUUUGGCUAAUCAUUUCAUUGAGUGGACCUUCGACUAUACCAAUCCUCAAUUCCCAUACUUUCACCACUACAAACAUCAAUAUGCAACGGUGCAUCAACGUCGUGAUUUUAUAGUCAACUAUCUGAAGAAAUAUCACGAUGAUGAGCACUACGAGCCCCAUGUGGACGAGCUCGAUGCGGUCGAUGCCGAAAUACAACUAUUUACAAUGCUAUCGCAUCUGUUCUGGAGCCUCUGGUCUGUGGUGAAUGUUACGUCAGCCAUUGAGUUUGGUUAUUGGGAAUAUGGCAUCGCACGCAUACUGGAGUACCAGCAGUUGAAGUCCGCCUAUUUGGGAAAAUGAAUUACCGGGACUUGAGGAUUAACUUUAAGGCAAAACUAUCAGCGCACUUAAUUGAAUCAUUAAGAGUACUUAAGUGGCCUUAAUAUUAAAACACCAACAAUAACUAAAGAAAUUACUGAAACGAAAAACAAACAAACAACAACUAAGUAAAAUGUUUAGUCAGGAGUUACUAUAUAGCUCUAGCUUAGUUAAUGCAAGCAUACACUACUAUACACUAUUGGCAUAUGAGCUAAAUGACUAGAAAUGAGUAGAUCUUAUACUGACUACGGAUAUACCGAUAUAUGUAUAUACAAUAUAUGUAUGUAUCUAUGUAUGCAUGCAUAUUUAUAUAUACGUAUCUACAUGAUUUGUGCUGUGCAUGGCAUGUUUAUAUAUUUUGUAUAUUAUUAAACUUUUAAUCAUUUAACGCUGAGAAGAAAAGUCAAAAUGUAACAAUUGCAGCUGUGAUUAUUGUGUGAGUUAGGCAGGCAACAAUAAUUAGUUCGC